AGUCACGCGACAUUACCUUCAGAUCGGCGUAGUUUCACUUAGUGGUGUAUCUAAAAGGGACGACUUAAAAGAUGUGGACUGUAUUACUGUGUCUCUCUGUGUUUGCGAUUUCCGGAAUGGAAUCUCAGUCGUUCACAAAGCGACACCUGCCGCCGGACAGUGCCAAAUUCUUACGGUACUUCCUGAAGUAUCUGGAGGGUAUGGACGGGAAGAGACGAGAUGAAUUCAUGAAGAAAAUAACAGCUCCCAUUGUGUAUGAUUGCAAUUUUGAACAAGGCUUGUGUAAGUGGUCUCAGAUUGUUAAGGGGGACCAUUUUAAUUGGAUUCGGGCCCAGGGUUCCACUGCAUCUUUUAAAACAGGGCCCACCAAUGACCACACUACAGGAAAUCGUACUGGCUGGUAUCUGUAUAUUGAGACUUCAUAUCCGCGUAGACCAGGGGACAAGGCUCAGCUGACCAGUCCAUUAAUUUCAGACAAACAAACUCGUUGUCUGAGUUUCUGGUAUCACAUGUACGGCACUCAUGUCAAUACAUUGAACGUUUAUGUCAUGAGUGGGUCUUCCGCAUUGGGAACACCAGUGUUGACAAAGAAAGGCACACAAGGAAACCAAUGGAUCAAGGCCACGGUCAAUAUAAAACCCACCAGGGCCUACCAGGUUGUCUUUGAAGGAGUCAGGGGCGCUAGUUACCGCGGAGAUAUUGCCAUUGAUGACAUCAGAUUGUCCAUGGGACCAUGUCAAAAUAUCAGAGAUGUCAACGAGUGUCUCUUGGGUACACACAAAUGUCAUGCGAAUGCCAAUUGCACAAAUACUAAGGGUUCAUACACCUGUGCAUGCAAAACCGGAUUCGAAGGUUCUGGACAAAUAUGUAGAGACAUCAACGAAUGUUUAAGAAACACGCAUCCCUGUUCUAAAUACGCCACCUGCACUAACACCUGGGGAUCGUGCACCUGUCGAUGUAAUAAGGGAUUCACAGGAGACGGGAAGGAUUGUAGAGAUGUCAAUGAAUGCCUACGAGAAGCAGAUAAUAACUGUCCGAGACCUAAACCACCGGGAGUGUGUACUAACACCAUUGGAUCCUACAGGUGUUCUUGUAAGAAAGGAUACGAGUACAAGGGAAACAAAUGCAUAGAUAUCGAUGAAUGCGCUCUGGGAAUACACGCGUGCAGAGGACAUUCUCAUUGUGUCAACACUAUAGGAUCCUAUAGGUGUAAAUGUAAUACAGGAUUUGAACUGAGAGGCACAGAGUGUGUUGACAUUGAUGAAUGCAAAAGACGAACAGGUAAGUGUGACAAAAGACCAGGCUACGCCACUUGUACAAAUACAAUCGGAUCAUACACUUGUGGAUGCAAAACAGGAUUUGAAGGAAAUGGAUAUGUAUGCAGAGAUAUCAAUGAGUGUGAGAGAAGGAAAGACAAAUGUCACAGCCGAGCUGAUUGCUUCAACACAAUUGGGUCCUACAAAUGUUCAUGUCGUGCUGGUUUUGAAGGAAGCGGAUUUACAUGCACAGAAAUUAAUGAGUGUACAAGAGGGACACACACAUGUGAUAAACGAAAUUCACCGAAACGGACAACUUGUACCAAUACAAUCGGAUCGUUCACGUGUAAAUGCAACAAAGGAUUUACUGGAAAUGGACAUACCUGUCGCGACAUCAACGUGUGUACAAGCAAUACCCACAAUUGUCAUCGUCCACAUGCCGAAUGUUUUAACACGAUUGGGAGUUUCACCUGCAAGUGUAAGAAAGGAUUCCGAGGAGACGGCUACAUAUGCAGAGACAUCGAUGAAUGCAAGGAAAACACACAUAACUGUCACAGACCCCAUGCCUGGUGUGACAACACGAUUGGUUCCUUUAGAUGUAGAUGUAGAACAGGCUACACAGGGGAUGGCUUCACGUGUACCGCCAUUAAAUCGUGUAAGGAGGGAAGAGAUGACUGCAGUAAAUACGCUAAGUGCACAGACCUCUCAGUGGGAGGGACUUAUUCUUGUGAUUGUUUCUUUGGUUUCUUUGGAAAUGGAAAAACGUGCACCGGUAGUCGAGGACGUCAAUUUCUUGUACUCUUCAUGAAGAACAUUGAUCCUCCAACAGAAACGAAAUCUAAAGCAAAGUUCGCAGAGAUUUAUAUCGCGUCCGUAGAUAAAUCAGAUGUCAAAGUUUCUUCCUCUGGCGCAUUGUCAUCAAAGAUAAAGGCAGAGAUAAAUCAGAGAUUGUCAAUGACACCGAAUUCGCAGAAAAUAUUAAGGAUAACACAUGAAAUUCGAGCCAACGAUUUCAAAGUGGAGAACAAGGCUGUAAUGGUGGAAACAACUGGAGUGACAUCAGUGUUUGCCCUGAAUCAUGACGGAUUCACCUCUGACAGUACCCUCAUCUUACCGAUAGACAGACUGGGUACCAAGUACAUUGUACCCUCUACAGAACCGCACAAUAGCCGUAUCUCAGAUUACAACAGCCAAAUUGCAUUUGCGGCUGCAAAAGACAGAACGCGUGUGACCGUGACACUGAAACUCAAAAGUGGACAAUCCAUUGAAUAUCAAGGCAAACGGUAUAGGGAUGGGGGCGAAAUUAUGGUCACUCUGAAUAAAUACCAGACCUUUGAAUUAGCACAUAAUGGGGAUCUGACGGGCACCAUGAUUUUGUCAAAUAAUCCUGUGGCUGUUUUCUCUGGAAAUCGAUGUAACAAACUCAAUCGUUAUGGUUACUGCAGUCAUCUGGUGGAGCAAAUUCCACCUGUAGAAAGCCUUGAUGAUGUAUAUGUUGUUCCUCCACAUGUUGAUAGAAGUGGCACCCAGAUACGGGUGGUGGCUGCUCAUGGUGGAUCCACAACUUUCUCGUACACAGUAGACAGAUCCAAAAGUACUAAGACUAUCGGCACAUACCAAAACUUUGAUGUCAAAGUAACAGGAAAACAGACAGUAGUGGUAGAAGCCAAGCAACAGGUGCUUGUUUUGAGUUUUGCUCUUGCCGCAUUCAGAUCCUCACACGGAGACCCUUACAUGACAAUGGUACCCGGAGUUAAUCAGUAUGUCCACCAGUAUCACAUCGCCGUACCGCAAGGAUUUGAGCAGAACUAUUUGGUCAUGAUUGUCAAAAAAAGAUCCAGAUCCAGUUUGCUGUUGGAUAACGACAGUAUAAGUUAUGCAAAUGUCGCAUCAGAGAGUACUGUUAACGUAAACGCCACAAAUUACGUCGUCUUAACCGUAAAAAAUGUGAAGGCGGGAACUCACCGUGUGGAAACAAAGGACAAGUCCCGUUUCGGUCUGAUGGUUUAUGGUCAUAGUCACGACGAUGGAUACGGUUUUGCAGCUAACAUUCUUGGACAAGGGAAAAUUUAAUUUUACAAAUAUACGUCGGGUUAUUUGACUGUAAUUCCACUGAUUAUUCAAUUGCAAGGAAAUUAUCUGCGUCUAGAUCUAUCAUAAAACUGCAUGGAGAGUAAACCUUUCCUUUUAUUUUGACAAAAGUAGUAGAUAGUGUGGUUGAAUAUUGAAUGUCGAUUGAAAGAUGGCUUUGAAUACGUAAUUUCUUACUGCAUAAUGUGCAUUGUUAUAUCAUAAUCAAAUAAAAUCUAUCAAAAAUGGGUAUUUUAAAA